AUUAAGCCAUUGUUUAAUACAAAUAAUGGCUAAUAAAAACAAACGAAUUUAUUUAUCGGCCACAGAUAUGACAGCCGAGGAUCAGAUUUCAAUGAAAUAUAUGGAUUACGAUGAAGACCAUCAACUUAAACAUAAUACUACUGAAAAUAAUUACAAUAACGAAGAAAAUAGUGAGAAGAAUAACGAAGUCAAUGGUUCAGUUGGGACUGUAUUAUCGGAACAGUUGUCUUCAAUUAAUAUGAAUGAUAUAAAAAAAGACUUCAGUUAUUAUCAUAUGAUUCGCCGUAUAUUAUAUCCAUUUGCAUUGACGGGUGCGCCAAUAUUUUAUUGUCUUAAAGAUCCCGAUAAGACAAUCAAAUUUUUGAGCCGAUAUGGACUUACAAAUAUCUAUUCAUUUUGUAUGGUAUUUUUUGUUCACUCAAUUUGUAUCUACUGUCUGGUGAGGGUUGGCUUUCAUAUCUUUCAAUUGGGAACUAUUAACGAUCAGCUUUGGGAUGAGAUUCUUGCAUUUAUCUAUAGUUUGUCAGGUGUUUUGGCAUUGGAUCUCAUUUGGAUAUACAGAAUAACACUAAGAAAACUGAUUAAUUCAUUGGAUAAGACACCAGAAUUGGAUCAAACAAUUCUUCUGAAUUACAAAUAUUUUAAACUCAAAUAUCGCAUAAAAUUAAUAAUUUUGACGAUAUUUGUCUUAUUGCUGAUGUUAUUGUCUUUCACAUACAUUGCUAUAGUCAUAGUAGUGGCCAUUAAUACUCAUUCAUCAACCGUAUGGACGGACAAAGUAUUUACAUUUAUGGCUAUAUAUUCAUUAUAUGUGGUAUUGUUUGUGAUGGUCUUGUAUGUAGCCCUGUGUUGGAUAAUGAAGUUUAAGUUUCAACACUUGAACUUCUAUAUCGAAACAUUGAUUAAGAGAAAAUGUAAACCAGAAUUAAGUCAUUUAGAAAUCAUCAAAAUAUGGUAUAGAGACAAUAUGAGUGAUGUGAGCAAAAUUGAUGAGAUUUUUAAUAUAUUUAUUUUCGGCUAUUUUGUGCUCUUAUUCUUUGGUAUUGUCGUCGAAAUAGAGGAAGUGUUGAGACAUUUUAAAGAAGAUAAUCUUAAGAAUGGAUUGUUUGCCUGUGCUUUCGUGGCUAUUAUGAUGUUCUCAUUGUUUUAUACAAUCAAACAAACAGCUGAUGUCAAUGAAAACUCGAUGAAUACUAAGAAUCUUCUCUAUAAAUAUGUGUUAUCCACUAAACCUGAAGAUAGAACUGCUAUAUAUUAUGAAGAAUUUCAACUAAUGGUGCCGGGACUAUUAUCAAAAUAUGCCAACUUUUCAUUGUUAGGUUUAAUAUAUUUGGAUUACGAUUUUAUGGCCAAAGCUGUUGUAUUUCUAUAUACUUACGCCAUAUUAUUUAAACAAUUUGCAUCGGAAACAACUAAUUCUUUAGAUAGCUCUGUAAAGAAUUAUUAA